AGACAACCGGAAGUGACCUGUCAAAAGCGGAACAGACUACCCGGAUUUAUACAGCAGCCAAAAACCACAAUUGAGGAUUAGUGUUUGUCUGUAGGAACACCUCGAAGAGAAACAUUUAAAUACGUAACUCUCUGUCCAGCUGACCAGCCCACUGAUCAGCAAAAUGAGCAGUGCAGGAACAGCGGAGAGUAGUAAACCUCCAAAGAUUGGCUCUAUAGUAGAGGUGACAGGGAAGGGCCAGCGUGGCACUGUUGCCUACAUCGGUGCCACCCUCUUUGCCGCGGGAAAAUGGGUGGGUGUCAUACUUGAUGAGCCCAAAGGCAAAAACGAUGGCACAGUGCAGGGGAAACGCUACUUCACCUGCCAGGAAAAUCAUGGGAUAUUUGUCAGACAGUCACAGAUCCAGGUGGUAGAAGAUGGCUCCAGCUCCACCUCACCAGAUGUUCCUGAGUCUGGCACUGCCAAGAUAGCUAGACAAAAAGAUAUUCCAGAGACUCCCAAAACAUCCAAACAGACACCUGCGAACAUUAAGAAGUCUUCUACCCGCCGCUCUACCAAGUGGAGCACGCCACGUCUCAUGCCCGCGACCUCCCUUCCCUCCCUCUUGGGACGGCCCUCCAGCCGUUCCCGUCUGGCACUCAUGGCAUCCCGUGAGAGCCUGUCAUCCUCUCAGUCUGCUGACGUUAGUGAGGCAGUCCUGUCCUCCAACCAGGGUGCACUGGGAGCUCCUGUUAUGCCUCAGCCCAGUGGGUCACCUGCAGCGACGGCAGCCCCUGUCCCAGCUACUCCAAGCAAGGUGGAACCUGUCAUUUCUAAGCAGGAGGAGGAAUCACUUCGAGCUCAAGUCAAGGACCUGGAGGAAAAGCUGGAGACGCUGAAGAUGAAGCGCACCGAGGACAAGGCCAAGCUGAAGGAGCUUGAAAAACACAAGAUCCAGAUGGAGCAGCUUCAGGAGUGGAAGACCAAAAUGCAGGAGCAGCAGGCUGAGCUACAGAAACAACUGAAAGAGGCCAAGAAGGAAGCACGUGAGGCACAGGAGGCCAAGGACCGCUACAUGGAAGAGAUGUCUGACACAGCAGAUGCCAUAGAGAUGGCCACACUGGACAAAGAGAUGGCUGAAGAGCGGGCAGAGUCACUGCAAGUGGAGGUGGACACACUGAAGGAGAAAGUGGAGGAGCUCUCCAUGGACCUGGAGAUCUUGAGACAUGAGAUUUCAGAGAAAGGCUCAGAUGGAGCUGCCUCAAGUUACCAUGUCAAACAGCUGGAGGAGCAGAAUGGCAGACUAAAAGAGGCACUGGUCAGGAUGCGUGACCUAUCUGCUUCAGAGAAACAGGAACAUGUGAAGCUGCAGAAGCAGAUGGAGAAGAAGAACACAGAGCUGGAGACUCUGAGAACUCAGAAGGAAAAACUGCAGGAAGAAGUCAAGUGGGCAGAGGCCACUAUCGAUGAACUGAAGGAGCAGGUGGAUGCUGCUCUGGGGUCAGAGGAGAUGGUAGAGACCCUGACAGAGAGGAACCUUGACCUGGAGGAGAAAGUCAGAGAGCUGAGGGAAAAUGUGACUGAUCUGGAGGCCAUCAACGAGAUGAAUGAUGAACUCCAGGAGAAUUCCAGGGAGACAGAAAUGGAGCUGAGGGAGCAGUUGGACCUUGGCGCUGCAAAGGUCAGGGAGGCAGAGAAAAGGGUGGAGGCUGCACAAGAGACUGUAGCUGAUUGCCAGCAGACCAUCAGCAAAUACAGAGAGCUCACCGCCAGACUACAGGAGGCCAACAGAGAGCUGGUCAGCCAGCAGAAUGCCAAUGCUGAGCAAGUUCAGCAACAGCCUGCAGAACUAUUUGACUUCAAGAUCAAGUUUGCAGAGACCAAGGCCUACGCCAAGGCCAUUGAGAUGGAACUGAGGAAGAUGGAAGUGGCUCAGGCAAACAGACAGGUAUCCCUCCUGACCUCUUUCAUGCCAGAGUCCUUCCUCCGUCACGGGGGAGAUCAUGACUGCAUUCUGGUGCUCCUGCUCAUCCCCAGGCUCAUCUGCAAGGCUGAGCUGGUCAGUAAACAGGCCCAGGAGAAGUUUGACUUUAAUGGGAGCCUGGCCCAGGGGACCGGCCUCAGAGGGUCCCCAGGAGAACAAUGCAGUUUCGCCUCAGGGCUGGUCUACUCCCUUAGCCUGCUGCAGGCUACCCUGCACAAAUAUGAACAGGCUCUGAAUAGCUGCAGUGUAGAGGUUUUUAAGCGCAUGGGUACACUCUACUCUGAAAUGAGCUUCCAUGAGCGCGCUCUGGAUUAUUUCAUUGACCUGCUGCAUAAAGACCAGCUAGACGAGACUGUUCAGGUGGAACCUUUGACUAAGGCCAUCAAAUUCUAUCAGCAACUGUACAGUAUCCAUUUGGCAGAUCACACAGAGGCCUGCACAGUGCAGCUGGCUGACCACAUCAAGUUUACCCAGAGUGCCCUGGACUGUAUUGGAGUGGAGGUUGUUCGUCUGCGGGCGUUCCUGGCAGCAGGACAGGAGAGCUCUGGCCUCGCUGUGCUCCUGAAGGACCUGGACACGUCCUGCUCUGAUAUCAGGCAGUUCUGUAAGAAGAUCCGCCGUCGCAUGCCCGGAACAGAUGUGGUCGGAGUACCUGUUGCUCUCAGUUUUGGACCACAGGUGUCAGAGAUGCUGACGGACUGCAGGCUCCAGCUGACCCGUGUGGUGGCUGUGCUGCAGGAGGUGGCUGCAGCUGGAGCUCAGAUGGUUGCUCCGCUGGCAGAACAGGAAGGCCUCAAUGCUCUCAGACUAGAGGAUAUUGCCUGCAAGGUUGUGGAGCAGGUGUACAGCUCCCAGGGCCUGAAUGGCCCAGAGUGUCUGCGUCAGUCCUGCAGCUCAGUCAUUACUACCAUGAACAAGAUGGCCACAGCCAUGCAGGAAGGAGAGUAUGAUGCCGACAAACCUGAGGGCAAGACUCCUCCUGUGGAAAUAAGAGCAGCCACCAUCAGGGCUGAGAUGACUGAUGCUGAGGGUCUGGGAGUCAAACUGGAAGACAGAGACACAGUCAUCAAGGAGCUCAAGAAGUCUCUCAAGAUCAAGGGCGAGGAGCUGAGUGAGGCCAACGUCCGCCUAAGCCUGCUGGAGAAGAAGCUGGACACCUUCACCAAAGAUGCAGAUGAACGGGUGGAGAAGAUUCAGACUAAACUGGAUGAGAACCUUACCCUGCUCAAGAAGAAAGAAAAGGAGUUUGAGGAGACAAUGGAUGCUCUACAGGCUGAUAUCGAUCAGCUGGAGGCAGAGAAGACGGAAUUGAAACAACGCAUCAAUAGCCAAUCAAAGAUGACCAUCGAAAGCCUGAGAGGCCCACCUGCCGCUGGAAUUUCCUCCAUUGUUCAGGGAUCUGCAGGAGCAGGACUGCCUCCAUCCAUGGCAGGGCCGGUGCAGGUGGUGGACUCCCCUCUCCUCAGGCAGCAGGUUGAGGCCCAGAGACUGGGCAUUAAACACCUUAAGAAUGAAAACAACAGGCUUAAGGCAGAGAAGAUGAGGGCCCAGCUGGCCUCCCUGCCUCCACUGUGCCCUCCCAAACUGCCACAAGUGCCUAAAGACAGCUCCAUGCCUCCAGAGGGCCUAAACACAGGCAUCUAUCGCAGGACUGACCAACUGCUGGCAACCCUGCUGAAGAUGAGUGCAGAGGUUAAAGUGGUGGACAUCACUGGGAAGACAGCAGUUAGUGCCAGUGCACAGCUGCUGGAGCAGACAGCUCGACUGAAAAACCUCAGUGAUGCUCUGGACAAACUCAAGGGAGAAGUAGCUGAACAUAUAGUCUCAUAUCAGCCUGGAGCAAAGGCCUCCUCAGACUUCGCCACCUUCCCAGUCUCUUCCUAUGUCAAGGCCAAAGAAGAGAAGCGGGGAGGAACGGUGAUCAUAGGUCGCAUUUCGAUUCCAUGCACUCGUGGCCAGGAACAAGUCCACCGCCUUGUCCUGUCUCCGCAGCAGCUGCACCAAGUGCACCGGCUCCUCAUAGCAUAAAGUAGUAUGUCAUUGGCCCACGGGCAUGACCAACAGCACAUCAAGGAGCUGUUCUUUCCCUUUAUCUCAUUACAGCUGGCACUUCAACAUUCUGUUAUUUAUCCCUCUUGCAUUACCCUACUCUCAGGAAAUUCUCAAAAUAUUUGCAAAGUUAAAACUACAGCACAAAUAAAAGACAGCUGUGUCUAUAUAUUGACAAACUGGUGUUGGACCAUUUUAAAUGAAAUCUUAAUGGCUUUGACUUCUGAAUGUCCUUAUAAAGGUGUCACAUUUUUGUCAAACUAUUUGGAUGCACCUUUGUAGGAAUGGGGAACACUAAAUAGCAACAAGUCAUUUUUACUGUACUUGUACCACUGUAGUUUUUUCUUUUAUAUUAGUUAUUCAGACAAUAAAAAUAAGCAGUUUACUUCAGAGCAAGAAA